CUAUCGACCUGCUCAGGUAUUCGCGUCUUUUUCUACAGUUCCACCAAAACAGAAGCAGAACAAGAUGACAGACAGAAGUGAACAAGUCCAUAAACUACCUGUAGAACGGGAGAUCCAAGUUUCAGCUACUGGGGAGGCGUUUUUAGCACCCGACAGAGCUCGUGUCACUAUAACGGUGACAAGCACCAAAGAGAACGUUUUAGACGCAAAGAAUUCGGUGACUCGAAGACUAGACUACAUUCUACAAUCGUUGCAGACACACGGUGUAAAAGAGGGUGAUAUUGACAUUUACAAGAACAUUCAGCGUAUUGAUGGUCUGUAUGACAUGAACGCGGAAGUCACGAUACAGUUUGUGGAUUUCAAUAAAUGCCAAUCUGUCAGUAAUUUUCUUGUUGAGAAAUUGGAUAACAGCGUGAAAGUGUCACAACCACAACUAUACCAUAGUCAUCAAAGACUAGAAAUGCUGAGGCGACAAGCAUGUCUAUCAGCUGUACGCAAUGCCAAACAGAAAGCCUUAGAAGUUGCCAGAAUGUUGCGUCAGGCGUUGGGUAAACCAAUCAUGAUCAAAGAAGAAUACAGCCAUGAAUGGGAAGGUCCUGCUGCUAACGAAGUACCUCAAGACAACGAAGUACCAAUCAGCUUCCAACAAAGAAUCAGCAAUACGACCAUCACUGUGAGCGUUAAAGUCUAUGCAGCGUUUGAAUUAAAACCCAAAGAGAAAGGAAAGCAGCUAGAGAGUACUCUUAUUGAGGCACACACAUAAUCUACCCUUCACUGUGUGAGCCUGUAGAACACUGUAAAUAUGACAUGGCUUGCACGCUGUAUUCAUUUGAUGUGGUGAUACGUAGACACUGCACAGAUUUGGACCCAAAAGGAGAUAUUGUCAAGCAUCAGUGGGACACAUACAACUUGUGUAUUAUAUAAUGUACAUUAAUUACAACAAUUAGUCAUCUUCCUGAAAUGACCUUUGCCAGAUCUACAUAAGCCCAAAAAAACAAGGGCUUAUGCUUUGACGACCUCCACCUGUAUGUAUCUUGGACAUUGGUUUGUUCACAUUCAAACUUCACAAAUACUGUAGAAUACUUUAUUUUCGCUAUUUUCGCUGAAGGAAUGAUUCUGUGAAAAUAAAAUCCAGUGAAUAUACUUUUUUUGCUAUAUUUUUACAUCAAACUCAUCAAAAAUCAGUGAAAAUAAAUUCCAUACAAAACGCUCAAAAAACCUUUUCAGUGAAAAUUAAUUCCAGCGAAAAUAAAGUAUUCCACAAUACAUCACAUAUCUUGGGCAACAUAUACACCUCCAUUCAUUUCCUCUUCUGAUUCAAGUUUUUAGCCAUUUUUUUUUAGCCAUAUUGCUGACAUCCUCUGACUGUUCAUGUUCAAACUUUAUAUAAUUUUUAAACUUAUGAACUUAGAACUUACGAGGACUAUAUAAUGCAGUUUCUUGUAAAUAAAAUCUGGUGAAUAUACCUUUUUUCCUAUAUUUUCCAUUCAACUUGUCAAAAAUCAGUGAAAAUAAAUUCCAUACAAAACGUCCAAAAAUACUCAAGAAUACUUAGUGCAAUUUAUGUGUAAUUUUUUCUGUAUCACAAUGAGUAUUUUGGGUAAUUUAUUUUCAAUAAUAAUUAAUACACAGGUUAUCAUAAUGUAAAAUAAUUGUAUUUAAGGAUGUAGUAGUGUUUUUUGAAGUGAACUUUAUGUGAAUGAAACCUGCUUAAAACCUGUCAAAAUUAAUAACCCGCAUUAUAGCGAUGUCUAAAUUAUACGCUUUCAUAAAAAGUAUAGUUGGAUAUGGUUUAAAACAAUUCUUUCAUGAAAAUAUAGUGUGGAUUUUACUUCCUGAAAACGUCCACCAUAUCCUUAAAAUUAUAAUCACUAGUUUGGAUUUCCAUGAAACCAGGAAGUCAGUGUAUUAUGUAUCUAUUUCCU